AAAAAAGAUAAAGAACCUAAAUCGACAUCAGUUUCUAAUCAAAAAAUAUCUACCCCGCCGACCGAAUCUAAAAAGAACUCGAUCCCAAAUAUGUUCUUAGAAGGCGAACUUUCAAAACUUCAUAAACCUGGUGGUAACAAGCAAAUUAAGCCAGAGUUGAUGGAGCAACAUUUAAAGGCGACGGGUGGUAAAGUAUUUACUAGGUUCCCUCCUGAACCUAAUGGUUUUUUGCAUAUCGGCCACGCAAAGGCGAUCAAUGAAGAACGUUACUUUGACUCUAUAAGAGAAACCGUGGAAUGGUUAGGAUUCACACCAUGGAAGAUAACAUAUUCCUCUGAUUACUUUGACAAGUUAUACGAGUUGGCAAUUGAGUUAAUAAAACGCGACAAGGCUUACGCAUGUUCAUGUACACCUGAAGAGAUGCACGAAAUGCGUGGAGGUGAUAAUGGUGGUGAACGAAAAGGAUGCGUUCAUCGUAGUCGUCCUAUCGAAGAGUCCUUGGCUGAAUUUCAAAAGAUGAAAGAAGGACGGUACAAAGAAUCCGAAGUCACUUUACGUAUGAAGAUGGAUAUGCAAAGCGGAAAUCCUCAAUUUUGGGAUCUUGUCGCUUAUCGUGUUCUCUACACUCCACACCAUCGGACGGGCGAUAAAUGGUGCAUAUAUCCAACGUAUGAUUAUACACAUUGUCUCUGUGACUCUUUCGAAAAUAUAACCCAUUCAUUGUGUACUCUCGAGUUCCGAAUGUCUCGUGAGUCUUAUUAUUGGCUUUGUGAUGCACUUGAAGGCUAUGUCAAAGGAUGGGAUGACCCACGAUUAUACACUCUUCCUGCUUUGCGUAGACGUGGAGUACCACCAGAAGCCAUUAAUGGUUUUGUUCAAGAUCUUGGAGUUACCACUUCUAAUUCAACAAUUCAGGUGUCUCGGUUUGAGAAAUAUGUUAGAGAUUACUUAGAUGCACACGUACCAAGAUUAAUGAUCGUUGUAGAUCCAUUAAAGAUAAUCAUUGAAAAUUUACCUGAUGAUUAUGCUGAGGAAUUGACUGUUCCUUUCAAACCGAGAGAUCCUUCCAUGGGAGAACACACCGUUCCAUUUAGUAAAAUUGUAUAUAUUGAUAAGUCUGAUUUUCGAGAGCAUGACUCCCCUGAUUACUUUCGUCUUGCCAUAGGUAAGACAGUUGGAUUGCUGCACGUGCCACAUUGCAUCACUUGUAUUGAUGCUGUGAAAGAUGCAGAGGGGAAUAUUCAACAUCUGGUUUGCCGUUACGAAGACGGGUCUGGUGUCAAGAAACCAAAAACAUAUAUUCAAUGGGUAGCAGAAUCAAGAAGGCAUAAUUCUCCAGUUAAUCUUCACGAAGUUCGUAUAUAUAAUAAUCUAUUCGUCUCAGAAGAUCCCACUACAAAUCCGAAUGGUUUCUUGGCCGACAUAAAUCCCAAUAGUCUUGAAGUUGCUACUAGUUCCUUGGCGGAGGUUGGAUUACGUGAGGUUAUAUCACGUGCUUUUGAUAAAUCUAAGAAUGUUCAUGAAUCGGUUAGAUUUCAGGCUAUUCGUGUUG